UAAAUUAAAUAAAGUAAAUAAAAUGGGUCAUCAAAGUUGUUGUGUAGUCGAUUGCAAAAAUACAAGUCGAAAUAGCAAUUGUAAAUUUUAUAAGUUUCCGGUUGCCAAUUGGAAAUUAAAUCAGCGAAAAAAAUGGAUCGCUGCUGUUAAAAGGCAAAAUAUUGAUGGAUCGUUAUGGUCUCCAAAACCUAUGGAUGUUAUAUGCAGUGAACACUUCAUUAGCGGUGAAAAAUCAGAUAUUGAAUCAAGUCCCAACUUCGCUCCAACUAUUUUUCCAUCAGCUUAUAGACGACGUAAAGUCAACGAAUCUGCCGUUUUGAAUAGACACAAACGCUUCAUGGAGAGAAGAAUAAUGAAAAAGUCAUUAUCGUCAACGGCUGAGAUACAUCCGGUGAUGAAUUUUGUAGAACCGCCUGAAAUAGCUGAAGGUGAUCAAAAUAAUACAUUCAUGAAUCAAACGGUGGAGCAGGCAUGUUUAUUAGAUCUUCUAGAAGAUGGUGACGUCGUUUUGGCUGACAAAGGUUUUCCGGAAAUUAAAACAUUUAUCGAUGCAAGUGGAAAAAAAUUAAAAAUGGUUAUGCCACCUUUUUUAGAGAAAAAAUCUGAAUUUACAACACAACAAACUCAAGAAACGUACAGCAUAGCAAAACACAACUAUCAGUAUUUGAUGUAUCAAUGUUUUCAUCAUUCUCUGUACUUGGUUCUUUAG